CCCAAGUUGUAUCAUGUCCUCUACUAUUUUGAGCCAUGUACUGAUGCCAAAAUGAAGAAGAGGGAGGUGAAUUGCGCCCAAAUUAAACGAUUCAUCCGACAAAGUUUUCUAUUAGAUACGUGACACGACACAUGCUAGCAAACGCGCCAUCGACAACGCACUUUGUUAAUGGUUAUCUAUCCAAAAAAAAAAAAAAAAUACUAAAACAAAGCAUGAUCGUAACAAUUCUUUAUACUCCGUUGGACGAAAAAUCAAUGACCAACCAACUUGUUUGUGAAAGUUGUAUGGUACAAACAAAGUAAGCAAACAUAGUUCAUCAAAUUCUGGACGAGAAAGAGUGUACUGAACUAACCCAAAAACAGGGAUAAGGGAAAAAAGCCAAGUGGAUUAUGAUCAAAAGCCAGAACAGAAGAAUUCUACUAACCCAUCAAAAGUCAGAAGAAGAACCUUCUUUCUUUCUUUCUCUCAUUUCUUUUUCUCUCCUCUCUGGAGUAAUUAACAAGUCACCGAAACAGAGAUAUGGCGCUGGCUCUCUGUACCAUAUAAACAUUCCCUUCCUUACUGUAGACGAAGCUUCCCUUGACCAUUCUGCCAGCCAUGCCCCCAUUUCAGUUAUGAUUCAUCGCUUACCAACUUGAAAGAAAACUUCCCCACAACUAAGAAAACGUGUUUUCCCCCGCCGACGCCAAUAAUUCUGCUCUCCGCCGUGUGUACGGUGGCCGUUGCUCUGCCCUUUUUCAACUUUCCAGACUUAGAGCAGCAGUACGACGACACACUCCCCUGCUUUCUUGGAACCAAAUUGCACCUUUUUAAUAUCAUUCUUUUGGGGGGAAAAUAACAAUGGUAAUAAUGAUUAAAUUAUCGUUAUUCCUUUUUCAUCGUGGAUGGGGCCAUGCCCAUAUCAAUUAUCAUGCAUGCACCCGUUUGAAUAAGUCUUCUGCAGGUAGUGAAUUAUAUUACACAAGUCUUUCUUCCCAUGAACCACUGCGCCCUGUCUUCAUAUAAAUACUCUCCUCCUUCUCCUUCAGCUUUCCCACAUCACCAUCCCUCCAACCCAACUCAAAAAGUCUACUCCCUUCCUAACACCAGAAGGAAGAGCUUCAUAUCCUCUUGUUCUCCGCCGACACAACGAGAUCAACAGCGCGAGAAAUGGGGAUUCUUGACAUUCUGAAGAGACAGUCCUCGAAUUCUUCUUCUUCAGCAUCGUCUUCGUCGUCAUCAUCAUCACGAUCUUCGUCUUCUGCCAAGGUGAGGCAGAGCGAGACAAGGAGCGUUCCCAAAGGACACAUUGCGGUGUAUGUUGGACAAGAGGAGAGGAAGAGAUUCCUAGUUCCAAUCUCAUCUCUCAGCAACCCUCUGUUCCUGGAGCUGCUUCAACUAGCUGAGGAAGAGUUCGGCUACAAUCCGCCGCAAGGUGCCCUGACGAUCCCCUGUCAUGAGCACGACUUCAUCGCCGUCGUCACUUCAUCCUGAAAGAUCAUCAAUCUCACAGAAAACAUAAUACAGUACACAAGUAUACUUAGAAUGCAUACACACUACAUUCUUUUGAGCCUUCCUGGGGAUCGUAAGAUGACCAGGAGGUGGUCUCGAUUGUAACAAACUGAUAGCGGAUUUAUUUUUCGUCCAACAAUGCUAUCAGAGCUUCUUCUUCUUCUUUUUUUCCUUUUUCCCUUUUUUUCCUGCUCAGACACUGAACAGAUCUCUUCAAAAUCGACAACCUAUUUCAGUUGCCGGUGUUCUACAGGUGUAUGUAAGAACUAUAUAUUAUACAAAUCGCGCUAUAUAUGCUCCGGAUUCUCUUUCUUUUUCCCCCGCCUUAAACUAGGCUCUCGAAGCUAUAAGAUACAGGAAAUGAAGACAACUGAAACUA